AUGUCCGUUCAGGACCUCUCUCUUCCUAGGCGGACACCUCUGCAGACUCAAUUGGAAAAGAUCGAUCCCUCUAUCAUCAGGAACGGCUUUCCUUCUACGAGGAUUAACCGCCGAGUUACAGGACGCCUUAAAGUUGACACAGAGACUGCACUGUUUGAGGUCAGUGUGCUUGCCUUUCGGGAAAUCAUCCUCAACCGCCUGUGGAAAAACGACAAGAAAUUUCAGAACGAGAGCGACUUUUGCAAGCACCAGUGGGAUAUUCUCAAGCCAAGGAAGACUCUUUUGAUCGAGUGUGCUGAAGUUUUGAAGGCAUACCAGUUCGACCUUGCUCUGAGCAAGUCUGCAAGGCACUCAGUCAAGCCUCGGUACAACUUCAACCAUCUGCGCUUCAGAGGACCUCUAUUACUCAGGAGUUAUGGCAGCGGGUCCUUUCGGCAUGGAGGUACCAAUACAGGAUACAACCCGAUGAACGAGUAG